AUGAGCGCCGACGAGGGUGGAGACCCCAAAUCGAUGGCUCCGGUAAAUGGUGAAUCCCAUCCGGAGUCGACUGCGACCGCGACUCCGGGUAAGAGGAAGCGUUCGACCCAGGACGAAAAUCCAGCUGUCGAGCCUGCUUCAUCCGCAUCGCGUGAGAGUCUCGAUCUCCACGAGAACCUGCGAACACUUGUUGGACUUCUUUUGAAGCAUGACACUGAACUCCAGCUCCUUUCGUGUCCCUUCCCAACGUCGGGAGCUAAGCCUCGGGCGAAGCGCGCCAAAACAUCGGGCGACCAAGAUACAUCCAACAUACAGGCACGGGUCGAGGCGGGCCGUUACAACACCCUACAGGAAUUCCUGGCCGACAUUGAACGGGCCUCUGCCGCAGUUAUUGAGCGCAAUCAGAACCAGGCAAAUGGAGCAAGUGCCGAAGGCGCACCUGUAACAGAGGUUGUCAAUCGCAUUGCGGCUUUCAAAAAGCACAUGAACAGCCUCGUCGGUCAAUCUUUUGUGAAUCAGACUGAUGUCAAGGCUGAGACACCAGACGAUGAUGACGACGAUCAGCUCCAAUCUACAGCUUCACAUAUCGGCCCUCGUGAGGACAAACAGGCGUUGACUUUGUUUGGUGGGAAUCAAUCGCACCCGAAACAGUUGUUCUCCAGUCUGCAAAAAUCUGUGAAGGUACCGCUGCAGUCUUCCGAAUCUGGCGCAGAAAAGUUUGUAGAGGUGCAAGAACCUCUUCGUGAGGGUGGACUGCCUAAUGGCAUCACCACCACUCGGGUGGUACCUUACAAUCUCGAGUCCUCUGCUCCGAAACCGAGAACAUUUGGCGAGGUUUUUGCGCCCCGUUCAGGCUUGGUUCCCGUGGAGCCUCGGAAACGAAGUAAUCGAAGCACAGUCACAUGGAUCGACCCAUUCGACCUUGUCCUGGAUUAUAAGAAUUUCUCAGGCGAUCGCAGUAACACCAGCCUCGUACCGGUUCCCUCCGGGCAGUGGCUGCAAUACGGUGGAGUCACCUCAUCACCAUCAUAUUGGUCUCGUGUCGAAAAGCAUCAUGAAGAUGCAAAUGUUGGUUCAAAGUACGGAGACCCUGCUUUGUGGACUGGCGACGACUCUUCUCUUCUUCAAGGCGUUUACUCAUCCUUCGCCCCGUCUUUCGACAGUUCCGGUGCCGUCUUGCAAGCUGAAUCAAAGGGCAUGGUUUGGUGGGGACAGCGAGGUGAAAGUCGUUUGCGUACCCUUCUCUCUCUUACGGAAGACUUACCGGAUGAGGUGGACGUUGAGGCGAUCGAUAAUGUCGACGAAAGCACACUUAAUGAGAUGGUUGACACGCUCAAACCGAAAGACUAUACUGAAUACCUUGCUUCAAUUGAGAAGACAUCUGAUGGGCCUCCGGAAUCCAAAGAGAUCAACGAUGCUCUCGCAGAGGUUUCUCACUUGCUAGAGACCCUAGCGUCAUACCAAAACAUUCGCAAAAACACAAUCCCCUCCACGAGUGAGAAUGACGAGUUACCCGUCCCAGAAUCUGACGACCCAGACACUCCAUCCGAUGCCGAAAGGGCCACUUACGAGAACCUGAGGUCAAAACUUGUUUCUAUCAUCAGCAGCUUGCCUCCAUAUGUCGUUUCGAAGGUCAAUGGUGAUCAAUUGGGAGAGCUGAACAUAAGCCAGAAGAUCAUCAUUGACAGCCCUGACUGGAAAGGCACAAUGGAGAAGGAUGACCACACGCUUCAUCUAGAGCGCGCUGCAGCCAUCGCUGCUCAGGCCAAUGCCGCUAACCGCGCUUCAACGCCUUCUUCCACUCGGCCCAGCAACUUCCAGGCGCCUCACUCCGCAUACAACCAGCGUUCCUUCAAUGCGAACGCUCGUCUAUCUCAAUCGCAAGGGGCAUUUCAAGUACCUCCACAAGCCCGGCAACCCUCAUCGACGGGAUCAUUCACUCCCCCUUAUGUAGGAAGCAGAGCACCAAGCACUCCUUCCCAACGCCCUGGUUAUGGCUCUCAAUACAGCCAAGCCAACAAUGUACCACAGUUCCAGCGUCCCACUUCCAAUGGAUAUACUCCCCAGCCCUAUACUCCGCGGCCUACAGCCACAUCCAACGGCACUCCUCAGAGACACAACCCUAACCCUUCAGUCUCGGCUCAGCGGUACGGGCAAAUGAAUACCCCAACACAGGCAUACCCGAACAGCGCUGCUGCCGCAACGUAUGCUCGCAGUGCCGCCGAGCAAGCUACCACCAAGAGUCAGCCUCAACCUGAAGCUCGCCAUUCCCAGGAGGGGAGCUUGACACCAGGAAGCAAGCAGAAUGGCACUCCCAUUCAGUCAUAG